AAGAGAUGACAGAGGAGGACUUCUUACAAAAACUGUGGAAGGUUACUAAUGAAUUAGCCAGUCAGCAUCAGACAAAUCAAGAUUUUGCAGGAAGUCUCUCAUCACAAUUACAAGAUCUUAAGCAAAGAGCAGUAAGCACCAGUAAUAACGGACAAGAGCAGGCAGAAUCCACUACUACCGUUCCUAUCGAUCGUAUACAUUCCCCAUUGCCUUCUCAUGUAGCCAAUGACCUCUCGACAUCAGAAAGGCAACCCAAAGAUCUCAUCUCUGACAAUUAUAAGCUGAUGCAAAAAUACCAGGCAGUUUUGAAUCGAAACCAAUAUCUAGAAAGUGAAUGCAGUAACCUGCAAUCAUUGGUGAAAGACUAUGAAACCAAUAUAGAGGCAGUUACUAUUAAGUUACGAUCUCAUGCAAAUGCAACAACUGAGGGACAGUCGAAACUGAGAAGAGAAUAUGAAGCUUUGUUAGAUGCUGAAAAGGGUACAACCGCUGCCCUUUUCAUAGAAAAUACAACGUUGCAGAGCAGGUUACAUAAGCUGGCAUCUAUGUUGCGAUCACUUCACGAUGACGGCGUGAAUGACGAACGGGAAGCAUUGAUCACACAGCUAACAGCCGAGAACCAAGGUCUUCGCGAUAUGCUACAUCUACCUUUGAUUCCUCAGGCAGAAAUCCCAGAUCAGACAUCACAGUUAAUGAAAGACAUGGGAACAAAAGAGGAGAGAGUACGAGUAGUUUCUGAGAGCGGAAUUAGUGGACCGAGUAAUGUAGUUGAAGAAUAUUUUGUAAACGAUGAUGAAUAAAACUCACAUUUUCUGUCU